CAGCAGCAUUUGCAGCCGCGCCCUGGUCCAAGCCCCAGCAUCUCUGCUCAGCGCACCCCGCCGGUAGGCAUCGGGGCUUGUAAGGAUGGAGGACUCCCAGGAGACGUCGCCAUCCUCCAACAACUCCUCGGAAGAGCUCAGCUCUGCUCUGCAGCUGUCCAAGGGCAUGUCGAUCUUCCUCGACAUAUUGAGGAGAGCAGACAAAAAUGAUGAUGGAAAAUUAUCCUUUGAAGAAUUCAAAGCAUAUUUUGCAGAUGGAGUACUCAGUGGAGAAGAAUUACAUGAACUCUUCCACACCAUUGAUACACAUAAUACUAACAAUCUUGACACAGAGGAACUAUGUGAAUAUUUUUCUCAGCACUUGGGUGAGUACGAGAAUGUACUAGCAGCACUUGAAGACCUGAACCUCUCCAUCCUGAAGGCAAUGGGCAAAACAAAGAAAGACUAUCAAGAAGCCUCCAAUUUGGAACAAUUUGUCACUCGCUUUUUACUGAAGGAGACCUUGAAUCAGCUACAGUCUCUGCAGAAUUCCCUGGAAUGUGCUAUGGAAACUACAGAGGAGCAAACCCGUCAAGAAAGACAAGGCCCUGCCAAGCCAGAAGUCCUGUCUAUUCAAUGGCCAGGGAAGCGAUCAAGUCGUCGAGUCCAGAGACACAACAGCUUCUCUCCCAACAGUCCUCAGUUUAACCUCAGUGGUCCAGGCUUACUAGAAGAAGACAGCCAGUGGAUGACCCAGAUAAACAGACUCCAGAAAUUAAUUGACAGGCUGGAAAAGAAGGAUCUCAAACUUGAGCCGCUGGAUGAAGAAGUUAUUGAGGGGAAUACUAAAUCUCACAUCAUGCUUGUUCAGCGUCAGAUGUCCGUAAUAGAAGAGGAUUUGGAAGAAUUCCAACUCGCUCUGAAACACUAUGUGGAGAGCGCUUCAGCCCAACGUGGAUGUUUACGUGUUUCUAUUCAGAAGCUUUCCAAUGAGCCUCGCUACAUGAUUUAUGAGUUCUGGGAGAACAGUAGUAUGUGGAAUAGCCACCUUCAGACAAAUUAUAGCAAGACAUUCCAAAGAAGCAAUGUGGAUUUCUUGGAGACUCCAGAACUCACAUCUACUAUGCUGGUCCCAGCUUCAUGGUGGAUCCUGAACAACAAUUAGAUGUUCCUAGGCAUUUUCUUUAUAGUUCCCAGUGCAAACAAGUGGUAUAAUCAAAACUGUCAAUUAGAAAAUUGUUUGUGGUUGUUGAUCUACUGUAUACUUUUAUUUGGUAUAUAUACUGCAAGUGUAUUCUUCAAAAGUA